AUGAGGAGGAAAGGCAACAAAAGAAGGCUAAAGCGAGCCCGAAGGAGAAGAAAGUUGUUUACGACACCAUACAUUCCUCUUGAUCUCCAGAUCAAUAUACUUUUAAGAUUGCCUGUCAAGUCUUUAUCGAGAUUUCGAUGGGUUUCCAAGCUUUGGUCUUCUAUAAUCAAUAGCCGAGAUUUCAGGAACCAACACUUGAAUUUUGCUUCUUCCUCAGCGCCUGGUCGUCUCCUCAUCGCGUUUGAGGACUUUCACCAAAAAAAGCUUUUGCUAGUCUCGUUGCCUAACCCACACGCAUCCUCCUCUUACUCAUAUUGUGUACCCUACAGAGACCUGAGGCUACGCAAAUUUGAUGGGAGAGUGAUGUAUAAUCCGGUUCACGGCUUGAUCUGCGUUGGAAGUAGACUAAUGGUUGAGAUUUUUAAUCCCAUCACAAGGCAGCUCCAAGCUUUUCCCCAAGAUGAUCCAAAAGGACAUGACUUCUUUUUCGGGUACGACCCUAUUGAAGAUCAAUACAAAGUGCUAGCCAUUGAUGAAUCGCCUUUGAGAGCUGAGCACAAGGUUCUGGUUGUGGGAAGAGACAGAGCUUGGAGAGACCCACAAUGUGUUGCCUGUCCUCAUGUGUCUCAUACCACCGGACUGUAUAUGAACGGAACCGUGUACUACGGGGCCUCUACCAAGGACAUUGAUUCCCCGAAUAAUAUUCCUAUAAUUAUGAGUUUCAAUGUUAGGUUUGAAACGUUUAACAUCAUCAAAUUACCAAGCGAAGUUGUACCAAUGGGUAUUGAGAAUAUGUGGACUGAUAAACCUCUGAUCAACUACAGAGGGAAACUUGGUGUGGUUAAGAAUCCUCGUAAUGGUUAUUUUCGAAUGUGGGUUUUGGAAGAUGCUGAGAAAGAGGAAUGGUCCAUGAACACUUUUCAGCUCCCUGGAUCUGCUGCUGCUGUCCUUGACUUCAAGGUCAUGGCUACCUUUUCUAACGGCGAGAUUUGUCUGGUUCCAAGAAAGUUGUCAGAUCCGUUUUGUCUUUACUAUUACAAUUUGGAGAAUAAAAUCAUGAGAAGUGUCAUAAUUAAAGAACUGUCUGUUUCCGAGCUUAAGCGAGGCGAAAGACUUUCUGUAACUGUUUCGGAUCAUUAUGAGAGCCUCAUGUUUUUAGAAACUUGA